AUGGAUAACAGAGAAGACGGAGGAAACGCUUUCAAAAAGCUCACGCGGAUGUUUGAUGGUGAAAGGUUCCAAGAUAGCUUAUGGUCGUGGGUUGUUUGUUUUGCAGCGGCUGUGUGUAAUGGUAUUAAUCUGGGCUUUACUCUCAGCUUUGGAGUUUUGUUUCCAGAGUUGAUGAGGCACUUUAAUGCCACAAGAGGGAGAACAGGUAUGUUGGUGAGAAAUCUGUUUUAAAAAGUUAUGAGUUAAUUAAAAAUUGACUUCGUUGUUCGGUUCUGAUCGUGACUCUGGCGGCUUCACAGGCCUGAGGGCAGACAACGAGAUAAUUCCAUAACACACGAACAAAACGAAAAAACUUUCAGCCGUUGGAUAUAAAACUUGUCUUCACUGAUUGAAAGAUCUAAGUGUAGCCAAAUGUUCCUUUAAAAUGUUGAAUUUUUUGAACAGUGCCGAUGAUCGGCCUCAAGCUAAUUUCUUCUUCUCCCUGCCACAAUGUACUAAUAAGGGACUUUUCAGAUAAACAGCAAGCUUUUUACGGUCUGCUGACUACAUAACUCAAAUGGCUGUGGUGUGAAUUGAGGAUUGAACUUGAGGAACUUUUUUUUUGAUAUUUUGAGUAAUAUAUGCUGGAUAUGAAAAACUUUUUCUGAUUUUGAAAAAUUUCAUAGAACGGUAAUCUUAAAAUCUGCUACUAAUCGUUGGAUAUGAAAAAGUCACUUCCCGUCCUCGUAGUUAAGGAUGUUAACUAGUGAUUACUAUCGCUGUAUGAAAUAGCUUGCGCUAAUGACUCCGCAUGACCCAGGUGAGCUCCAGGAGGCAUAAUGCGAAGAUAUUUAUAGUAAAUUAUUCAAAUUUGUGAAAUGCAAGAAGGCGCUAGAAUAUCCAUAACCCUGCACCCUUUAGGCCGUUUGAAAGAGACUCGAUCGGGUCUGAAGAACAGGUGAAUUUCGCCUGAUUAAUUGAGAUAUCGAUGGUAAUAUGCUUUUCCUGACCACUAAAAUGAAAGGAACUAAUUUGAAAAUCGUCUCUUUCACAGCCUGGGUUGGUUCAAUCGGCCUAGCUAUGGUAUGGUUCGCAAGUUUGCCGGCCGGAUACCUGUGCGAUCGCUUUGGAUGUCGUAUAACGUGUUUUUUAGGGGGAUUGCUAUGCGUGACAGGUCUGGUGGCAACUUCCUUCGCCAAUAGCCUCAAUCUUAUGUAUUUUACCUAUGGUUUGGUGUACGGCUCGGGAGCGUGCUUCAUUUAUAACUCCAACUAUUUGGUACUUGGAAAAUAUUUUAAUGAAAAACUCUCAUUAGCUGUUGGUAUAACGGCAUUGGGGUCGAGUGUAGGUGUUCUUUACACAGGCCCGUUACUACAGAUUCUUUUGGACGCGUUUGGAUGGAGAAACGCGUUUAGAAUAAUGACGGCAACCUUCGCUCUUGUUUGCAUUUUGAGUUUGGUUUUCAAUCCAAACGUAGUUGAAACAACAAUAGUGACGGAGGUAAAAGCAGAAGCGUUGGACAUGGGAAAAAAAGUAGGAAUUAAGAGAAGAAUCUCUUUUUACUGCAGUGUGUGGACGUUUCCUGUUUUCACUUUCGUCGUCAUUUCUUUGAUGGUGGGAUCUUUUGGAAUGUAUAUUCCUUACAUCAAUCUGGUUAGAAUACAACUGUCUAUAGUAUAGCUAAUACCAAUAAUCCAGAUAUUUUCUAUUGCUAAUACUUUUGACACUAAAAAAAAUGAGAAAAUAUUUUUUGUAAGUGUUCGCUAGGCGGAGGUCCCUGUUUAAGAAAAACUGAGCCAUAUGUGAGGUCUCUGGUUUGAGCCUUGUAACGAUUGGCUGUGCCAAAAACCUUGAGCUGGCCAGGAACGUGAGAUAGUCAAUUAAUUGCAAAGAUUCAGAAUUCUAGCUGGUUGAGAUGCUUCAAACAAAAUACGACAGAACUAUCAAGCCAAAACCGGAAAGAUUCCGAAAAUCAAAUGAUUGACGUCACCUUUACAAUCUUUGAGAAGAAAUGACUAGAAAUUACUAACGGUUUUUGUACCAAAAUUACCCCAUUAUUAUGGCAGCCGUAUCCUCAAAAUUGAAAAACAAAUAAUGCCACCAUCCAGUGCUUCAAAGAUCUUCAAAUUUAGAUGUGAUGAUAUGACAAACUCCUGAGUUGCCUCAUUUUCAUGCAGUGUCCUCCAUUAGGGAUUUUAUAACAUGGCACAUAUUUUAUCUCUAACCAGGUCAAGUACUGUGAGGAUCUUGGUAUCACGGCGCAAAGUGCCUCUCGACUGUUCAUCUUCAUCGGCCUUACCUCAUCACUUGCAAGGAUUCUGUCCGGAAAACUGUGUAACAAUCCAAAGAUCAACCCAGUAUUUGUUUAUCAGUCAUCGCUGUUUAUCGGUGGUGUAUGUGUGCUCCUGUUACCUAUGGCAACUACAUACUGGGCCUUAAUUUUAUUUAGCUGUGCUUAUGGAAUAAGCGAUGGAAUUUUCAUAACCACGCAAUGUUACAUCUUGCUUAGCUGUGUGGAUAAAGAGAGAGCUACAGCUUCAUUUUGUAUCCUUAACCUGCUUUAUUCGUUUUCGGCGGCUACUGGGGGACCAAUUGCUGGUAAGAUAAUCCCUACAAAAUGAACAAAUUCUGUCACAUGGUUAAGAAAGGGGCUUGUCCUUUUCAGAGCUUUUUUAUAAAAUGCGUUAUCUGCACACUGCAAUCUAGAUUUCUUCUUUAUGUGUUGUUUUCCACAGGUUUGAUGGCAGACCAAAGUGGGAACUAUAUCAAUUCUUUUUACAUGACCGGCGGGGUUCUGAUGUUUGCAUUUGUCAUUCCUUUCGGAGUGACUUUCAUCAAGCUGAAAGGGUCUCGAGUCAGUCCAAUAGUGUCAGAAAUGAGAGACUUGGAAGCAAGAAACACUGUACCAAGCCCUAAAGCCAAUCCCAGUGACAGCAAGGACUUCCCUGUUAGCUAAUCAAUUUGAAAACUAAAGCAAAAAACAUAUCAUGGCAUCAAAGAUUAACUGUUUUGGUAAACUCAGAUGAAAGUCAUCGCACGGGUUAUCGUUACAGUUUGGAAUAAUUUGUAACGAAAGCUUUUGUUAGGGUCAGUCAUAAACAAGGACCGUAGUUUUAGCGGAACUGGAAAAAUCAACCACAAUUUCAACUGCAAGGCCUAUUUAAUUCACACUGUUGCUCUCAAGUGUCCCAAAGAACACUGGGCAUAAUACGACGACUACGAAAGUUCGCUUGAAAAAGAAUCGAUACGCUAAAUAUCUCGAAAUUGAAAAUAAUUAGCCGAAAAAAGAGAAACGUUCCGACAAUAGAGAUCUCUUUCAGAGAAUUUCAAAACUCUUGUCACUCGAUCAAAAUGUAGGAAAAAAAUUGAUCUUCACUUCCCGUGGUUCUGAAGCAGAAGUCGUUGCUGAUAUAAUCUUAUGAAAUAAGAUUGUGCGAACUCCCUGAUUGGUCAAAAACUUAUUGCUUAUUGCACUGGUAAAAUCAUAGAGCACUUUUUAUCGGAUUACAGGUGUAAUAACCGACUUCGAUUUGAGGAGAACACUCGAAAGCCCAGAGGCUAAUAAGAAGUUUAUAAGGAGCCAUUGGUACUAAACUUGACACUUAUGCAUCGAUGUUUAUUUUCGACUUUUAUAACAACUCAGACCUGUGAGUUUUGAUGAAAUAUUUUUUUGAUUAAUUGUAAAUAUGAAGAGAGGAAAAUAAAGGGGAGAAACCCAAUUAUCAUAGAUCCAGAUAACACACUUUGAAAUAACGCUACAAAUAGUUUUUAAAUAUUAAUUCUUUACUUUUUAUGUUGAAAUUACUGAAGGAGAGAAUUUAUGCACUCUUACUUAAACAAGAUUCUUCCUUUUGUUCUUUUUUGCUCUACAAUAAGC